AUGCGACCGCCACGCUUGAUUAUCGUGCUCUUCUGCCUAAUCUUCUUCCCGAUCCUCCUCACCAUCUUCUCCGCGCUCACUUCGCCUCGGGUGGCAGCCCCCAAUACGCUCGCUGGUCGAACAACGGGGUUGCAUUCCCUAUUUUCCUUCAAUAUACCAUCGUCGCUGUUCCCGCCCUCGGCCAUCAUCAGUCUCACUGAUGACAACUCCACCUUCUUCCUGGCCCGGCCAGCGGCAUUUGGCCCGCUCCUGCCGAUAAAAGGCUUGAGUGGUCAGUUAUGGGUGGGAAGUGGCUUUGGAGAGGGUGGACUGGCGGGCGGCGUGGAAGGGGAACUGGGCUGCUCCGAUAUUCCCGGUUGGGGCGAGGGCGCCAACCAAAAGAAGCAAGACAAAGCCUCCAAGGGCACGGAUCAGAGUUCCGGCAAGCCCGGAGGUAGCACAGCAAAUGAUCAGCUACCAAACCACCCGCAGCAUUCGGUGUCGCAGGCCGAUACCAUACCCCAGAACGAAAGAGACGAUACCACUACCCCGCCGUCGAACGAUGGCACCGACGACCACCUGCAUCAUCCACUCCCCGAAUCAGGAGCGUCAAACCCCGGUAUGAGUCAGAAGUACGGAGAUUAUGUUCAAAACAAGCCACCAGCGCAUGCCGAUAUUCAAUCGCUCCAGGAAACUGCCGAAAUCCAGGGCAAAGUGGUCUUACUGAGUCGAGGCGGCUGUGGAUUUCUGGAAAAAGUCAAAUGGGCGCAACGGCGAGGUGGAGUUGCCCUGAUCGUUGGCGAUGAUACCCGAGGCGGCAACUUGGUCACCAUGUAUGCACGGGGCGAUACCUCAAACGUCUCGAUUCCGUCGUUAUUCACAUCCCACACCACCGCCCAUCUUCUAUCUUCAUUAAUUCCUGGGCAUGGCGGGGGAACCGCUAGCUUGGGAGAUGUGACCAAGUCAUCUCAAGUUAAUCAAGCAGGCAAGCUGGAGGCCGACAAAGAACAAGUGGUCACCUCAACGACGGCUUCAGCCACACCAACCCCGAGCGUCGGUGCCCAUUCGGCAGUCAAGGAGAAGCCUUCAACUUCAUCUCAUUCCAGUGGUGGGUUCUUCCGCACUCUUGGAUCACUCUUGGGUCUGUGCGAUAAGAAAGCCGGCUCAAACCACUUGGAGGACAGCCGACGCCCGCCUAGCAGCGGCAACAUUGACUGGAUCAACCUAGGCUCAUGGGACGAGAAAGAAACUCCCCUAGCUCCACUGAGUGCUGGAAAGAGAUCAGGUGAUUAUAAUCGUCGCACUCGAGCUAAAGUUGACAACAAACUUGAGAGUUCUCAUAAGACCGACAUGUCGCCUGAAAGUUUUGGCGACGAUGAUUUUGUCAUCGGUGUCCAAGACUGGAGAGACCCCGAUUUAAUGCCUGGCAAAGGAAGCAAGCCUUCGGCGGCGACUACCUCUACGACAGGGAAGGGCACAUCUAAAACGGCCACCGCAGAAAAAGACGCCCUUUCCUCGUCUAAUAUACUUCAAGGUGGUAGCAUUACACCUGGCAGUGGAGAAUAUCAUAGUAUCGAUAAAUCUAGCCUUUCUCAUGACUCGGCUGUGAAGGCUUUCGGCAAACAAUCCGACGGGGCCAAUGCAGAAACUGAAUCCUCCGGUUCACCGAACAAGGGCUGGUUCUCUGAUCACUUCGGCUGGGGAGACAACUCUCAAAAAGAGAAUUUGCCCUCCUCAACGCCGUUGCCCCAAAAAGGCAUCGUAGCCAACCAGAAAGUUCAACCAGGUCCUCAAUUGUCGAGCCACCCAAGCGCAGAGUCGUCCGAGCAUGAAGGUCUCUGGAUUACAAUGACCCCCACAACCAUGUCUACCAGCCCCUUCUUCGAUACGCUGUUGGUACUUGUCGUCAGUCCGCUGCUUACACUGACUGUGGUGUACGCACUAUUGCUGCUUCGAUCUCGAAUUCGACGCCGUCGAUGGCGCGCACCAAAGUCGGUCAUUGAACGACUACCUGUCCGGACUUAUCAUACAAUUACCACAACUUCUUCAUCAUCAUCGAGCUCGCCGCGUUCUUCUAGCCCCAGUGCUCUGUCGCCAACCUCUCCGCUUCUUGGCAACGAGAUUCAGCCAAGUGCCUCUCGACCAAACAGAUCUCGUUCGCAAACAGUGUCGGGGCCUCUGCUUGACUCAUCUUCACUGCCUAGGGAAGAAAAGUGCAGCUUACAGACGGGUUCUACGCUGUGGCGGCGCAAGUAUACUGGAAGGCAGGUUGAAUGUGUUGUUUGUCUCGAGGAAUAUAUUGAUGGCCAGAGCCGGGUCAUGAGCUUGCCGUGUGGCCAUGAAUUCCAUGCGGAGUGCAUUACACCCUGGUUGACUACUCGUCGACGAACCUGCCCGAUCUGUAAAGGCGAUGUUGUCCGUUCAAUGGCCCACUGUCAAACUUCUGACGCCCGGAGCCACGAUGAACAAUCCAAUAAUCUCAAUUCUUCUGAGUCGAUCUCACGGGCCGAUGCAUCUUCCGCUCCGGUAUUAAUCGAAGGCGUUACUGAAGACGCUUUCGAUACUGAACAAACUGCGGGUCUACUCAGUGAACAUGCAAGCUCCGCACCACAGUCAAGCUGGAGAAACCUAGCAACCCUUAGCUUCUCAGCACUCAGUGGUGAUACGAUCUGGCAUCAGGCUCGUGCAGACCGUAAUCGCUAA